UCAGAUCAUGAAUUUAUCCGCAAGGUCAAAUGGUAGAAGUGCAUAUUGUGGCCUCUUGGAUCUUGGGGUGGGACAGCACUGCGAAUCAAGAACAUGCCAUAUAGACCUUUGAUUGGCCCGGAUAGACCGUGUGCAGCACUUUAAUGUAUGCAACAUUUGCCGAUGUGCAUGAAUCCACAUCCUGCAUACACCCUGUCUUAACUGCUGCAGGCAGAAAAAGCGCCCAGACACGGGGUAGUUUUAAUCAUUGAAUAUCUAAUUACAGUCUGGAUAUGCUUGCCAUAAAUAUUUGCGCUCUGAUAACUGACAAGCAGAUGCAGAGUGGGAGAGAACACACAAACACCUGUCCAUGAAAACAGAAGCCUACUGUUUUGUUGUAUUGAAGUCACACAUGAAAAACAUUAAUUAAACUGCAUUUUAAGAGAGAUUUCUUGAGCCAGCUAAACACAAAUAUAACCUGAUCAUCUGAAAUGUAUCAUGUUUGAUGUCCCUCCCAAAGAGGAGCACUGUGAUGACUCUGGGUCGGGGUAACCCCAAAUACAAGCCUGGGUUCAAUCUUAGUUUCAUUUCAAUGAUCUGCAAAAUACACAACGGUGUUUCAUUAACAGCCGUGGAUAGGACAUCAACGUGCUCCCUGUGGAUCACUUGCAAAUCCUUUGGUUCUUCUGUAGCCUCAAAGCAGUUUUCUUGUACGAUUGAAGUCUUGAUCACAGUGGAGUCAUUUGUCUUCCUCUGAAGGAUCAGAUAUUUCAGACCUGUGCUGAGUGCAGCACAUUAGUUGCAGAAUUGGCCCAGAUGCUUGCACACUUCAGGAGACAGAGCUCAUCAGGCUGAAGAUGAGGAUGAAAAGAUGUGUGAGAUUGUAGGCCAAUAGGAAACUGCACAGAGUGGCUGAUAUCGCGCAUCUGUUUCCAUCUUUGGAUUACAAGAAUAUUUAAAGACUAAAAGAGUGAAUCCAGUAUGGGAACUAACCCAAAAAGGACAGUGACAGUCCAGAUGGUGCCUCAGCUGGCCGUGGUGGACACGCUGGGCAACAAGGAGCCCAACGCCAACUGGACUAAAGAGCCCAACCUCAAACUGUCUCUGACUGCUUCUCCCACUAACACCCUAAAAACAGCUUCCACGGGGGGUGAACCAGUUAGCAGCACUGUGUCAGACAAACCAGCGACUUCUAAUGGAAACAAAACAGAAUCUGAAAAUGGGAAAAGUGGAGAAAAACAGAUACCUGACCCGUCUCUAGGUGGGGGUGAGUCCGGAGACGACCGGAGGGAUUCUAACGCCAAUAUGAAAAUGUUAAGCCCGACUGAUGAGAAGGAUAUCUGUAAGGGCGCUGUGUCGUCUGCUCUUUCGGCGUCAAAGGCCGACAUGCUUACCAAUGACUGCAGAAUAAAAGGGCUAAGUGCGGCUGAGGAGAACUGUGCACAGACGACAUCCUCGACAAAUGCUCCAGCACAAGAGGAAAGAACAAAACAGGUUUCUCCCAAUAAAAACCUCAACAAUACCUGUGAGUUAAGACAUAAUGCAGAAGAACCACAGCAGGAUACAAAAGGGAGUUUACCAGCUCAGAAAAACAAGGACACUGCUGUUCAACAGAAACCUAAAGAGACCGAUCAUCCACAUAGCUGCUCAAAAAGCUCUCUCAGUCCACAGCAGAUGUCUAAAACAAUACAAAACACGGAAACAUCUGUAGCCCCGCUUAGUACAAACAACGAUGCAGAAGCCAGAUUCUCGAACAAGAAUUCCACUGCAACACACUCAGAGAAAGAUUUAACCCCGGCAAAGAAACCACAAGUCUCCUCAGAUAAACAUCAGCAAGUGUCGUCGCAGACAGCCUCCUCUGCUCUGCCUCAGGAUACAAAAAACAUGGCCGCGCUCAGACAGGUGGCCGAAGAAUCAAGCCCGAAAAACCCAGCUGUCUGUGAAGGGCAGCAGCAGCCCUGCAAGCAGUACAGGGAAGCUGCUACGAUGACCUCAUCCCUGUCCCCCACCCCGGUCAAGCAGCGUCAAGAUAUGGAGGUUCAAGCAGUGGCAAAUACGUGCAGUAAGAGUGUGGCCACAAGUCCGAGCUUGCUGCCCUUCAAUGUGGCUCGCAGGCUGAGUGGUAGCGCGAGCGAAGAAGCGCAGACCCUGGCUGUAGUCUAUAACGCUGACGGAAAUGUGGGACUACAUCAUAUGAACAUGAGUAAUGUAUUAGCACUUCCAAACGAUUCCAGGUCAGAGAGAUUCACAGUGGAGGCAGAGAUGUGCCCAAACCAGAACGCGAGUGUGGUCUUUAACUCGGAUGCUUUGUCGGACAAAAGGCUGGAAGCAAAGCCUAAAGACCCUGGGUCAUCUCUCUGCAACACUCAGCCCGUUUAUCAAAUCAACAUUGAACACAGCAACCUCAAGGAACAAGGACAGAUAGGUAACUCCCAGAAUAAAGCAUCUGUAGUAAAAACAGCCUCUGCGGAAGAUCCUUCUCUCAAAGCGGGAGUGCCCCCAGAGACAGUCAGUGCUAUCAAGUCUGGAUCUGCUGACAGAAACAAUGAAGCGCUGUCUCAGGCUGCUGUUUCAACCAAGCCCAACCAGGCCCUGCCAACCACAACAGCAACAACAACAAACACCACAUCAAAGUCAGCACCCGCUAAAAACAAAGCUGGACGUCCUGAGGAAAAGGAUAAAGAUGGAGGUAAAAGCCGGGCGAAGGAGGGGAAAUCAAAACAGAAGAUAAAACCGGAGAAAAAGGAGAAAGAGGAUGACCAGUCAGCGAACGAGAAAGGGAAGAGCGUGCAUGAUGUCGUCUGGGAUGAACAAGGGAUGACUUGGGAGGUGUACGGGGCCUCUGUGGACCCAGAAUCUCUUGGUUUUGCCAUUCAGAGCCACCUGCAGUGCAAAAUCAAGGAGCAAGAGAGGAAACUGGUAGCCCGGACCUCGAUCAGGAAGUCGGUGUCUGGGGUCGACUCGCCGCAAAAAGGCAAGAAGAACAAAAGGAGGCAGCAGAACAUUUUCAGGUCAAUGCUGCGAAAUGUCAGACGGCCCAACUGCUGCGCGCGCCCCCCUCCCUCCUCUGUCCUCGAGUAGCAAAGGCACAGAGGUAAACUACAGUAUGGAACUCCUCCCUUGUUUCCUAGAAGUCAAAAUGUUUCUCCCCCCCCCUUUUUACUUUCCCUCCCCCCUCAGAGAUUGCAAUGCCAAGGGCGAGGAGACCAUCCUUGUACGUAAGUAAACCGGUGAUGUAGCAUAAAGAGUCAAACUAUAUGUGAUGUUUGUGAUCAAAGAAGGUAGAAAAUAGACGUAUAAAAUGUACAACUUAUUUUCUAGAGCUAGAUAUAAAAAGAGAGAGAAAAUACUUUUUUGUAAUAAUCGGCAAUAAUAAUAACGCAUGUAUAUUACAAAGGAAGGUGUAUGACUUUAAAUGAAGCUUAAACCUCUGCAGUGAAAGACACUUAUUAUGGGAUACAUGUACUAUUUACUGUCAGAAUAUUUGAGCGAAUAUAUUAAAAAAAGACAUCUCAUUUCAUUUAUUGUAUUUAGUAUGUUUUUUGAGGUGUUUUUCGGGGGAAUAUAUUUAUAAGAUUGCUGUAUUUUCUUUUGAUGCACCUUUAGUGAGUGAUUAUGUUGUGCAAAAAAGGGACAGUGUGCAUAAAAGCGCUGUUUAAUCUCUGGUUUUCUAUUAAAACAAAGGAAAAACUAA